CUCCUCUUACCCAGAAGCCAGUUGCUCUGUUAGCUGGGAGGUAAACAAGAUAUCCAGCGGAUCCUUUGCCAUUGUUGAGAGGCAAGUGAUAGGGAUUCAUGUUGUCUGAAGGAUGGCAGCUGUGGAAUCAGCAGUUUACAGCCUCCUGGAAGUUUUUCACAAGUACUCAGCCAAGGAAGGAGACCAGCUGAAGUUGAACAGAUCAGAAUUGUUUGUAUUGUUGUCUCAAGAACUCCCAUGCUGCUACCGGAAAGAUGCCAUGUCACUGCUGGAUUUGGAUGGGGACGGUGAAGUUGACUUUCUGGAGUUCAUUGAAUUUAUCACUGAAAUCACUACUGAGCUGCAGGAGAUGUACCUCGAUAACAUUAUCCAUUACAACAGGUAUUCUGAGCACUUUGUGUGA